GGGGGGGGGGGGGGAUGUGUAAGUGUGUGUCUGACGGCCACCCUGCCUACUCGACUAACGCUCGUGCCAUGAUGUGCUUGCCGCGUUGCAACCGACCUUAGUGGCCGAGAUCUGCUGAGGUGGCCUCACCCACACCUGAUAGCAACCAUCCAACAGCAAACAUCCAUGUGUGUGUGGCCAAUGCUUGGAUCUCUCCUUGUGCUCUGUGGGUGCUCUGGCAGCCUGCGUGUACGUAUCUACGCUGCCAAACAGACACGGAACACGCACACGCGGAGGGCAGCAGCAAACAGGUGGAUAUGCAAUGCGCUGCGAACGACCAACAUACGAGCAGGCACUCAACGUGCAAUCUCAUGGAGCUUCGCCCGUGUAGCAUCGUCACACUUAAGCAGCUUUUCCACCGGGGAGCGACCGGCACUGUGACACCGAACCGCUCUCCCUCUCAACCGCUAUCCGACACGGGUGGGUGUCCAGAUCUUUCUGGCCUGCGUGCUGAUCCUCGGAAGGACGAGCACGACGGCGAGAGGGUUGGUCUGUUGGUGAGCCGGUGAUGGCCGGAGAUGCGAAGAAGGGUCUUUGGUGUCGGCUGGGGGAAGUGAGGGAGGUGUUCCAUAGUGUGAAGGAGCGGCUGGUGGAUGGGAUCAGCGAAGGCUUUUAUCGGUACACCUUGUUCGUCUACGACUACCCAUGCUGGGUAAGGAGGCGAAGCAAAGGAGGGUCUCAAGAGGCUGCUUCAUGGGUCCCUUGCACAUGUGCCCUUUUGUCUGUCUGUCUGUCUGUCUGUGUGUCUGUGUGUGUGUCAGUUCAUCUGGGUGCCUGUGUUGGUGGCUUUGUUUAUGGGGGUUGGAAUUCUCAACCGAACAGAGGAGUACGGGCCGAUGAAACUGUACGCUCUCUCUGACUCGCAGGCCAUGAAGGUCCGUCCACCAGACAGACACACAGAUGUGUGAAGCCCUUUCUCUCCCCUUUGCUGCUGUCCUUUUCUCUGCUCAAUAAGUCAGGAUCAGGCCAGGCUGACCGAGCUGUUCGGCAACAUGCCGAGGGUGACCUACCUGCUUGUGGAGGGCAUUGACGGCCAGAACCUGCUGCAGCCACACAUACUGCGGGCCCUCAACCGUUUGGACCGGCAGGUGGCCAACCUGACCGUCACUGUGGACGGGGUGACGUAUGGGUAUGAGGACCCACGAUAUGAGUCCGUGUGUGUCAAGGACGGCACCAAGCGGUGUGAGCAUGAGAGCGUCGUGCAGCUCUACCCACCCAAGGAGUGGAAGACCGACUAUGGCGACGGGAAGUGAGUGAAGUGAAGAGGGAAACAGAGGGAGGGAGGGAGGGUGGCGGGGACAGGGCAUUACACGCACACACGCUGUGCUGGUUGUUAUUUGUUUGUCUUUGUUUGUGUGCGUGUAGCUAUGAGGUCGACUUCAACAAGAGCCUCGACUACCCGUACCACUACAGCGUGCGGUUGGACAGCAACUGGUCCCGCGAAAACUCCUCCAACAUCCGUUGGCCCGUCCCCCUUCUCGUCGCUAACGUGACACUCGAACCGGAAGGAUGCAACCUCGCCACUGUCAAGACAGGAAUCGGAGGCGGAGGAUGCAAGGUCAAAGCCGCUGAAGGUGAGCGAGCCAUCGCUCGUAGGCAUGCGCAUUCGCAUCACUCACUGUUCCUCUCUCCACCCCGUGGCGUGUGUGCAGCCCUGCUGUUCCGGUGGCUGCUGCGUCUUAAUGGUUCGGAUGACUUUUGGGAUCCGGUGUUGCUGGCGUGGGAGCAGGCGUGGCUCGAUUUGAUGUGGGAGCAGAUGCCGGUGUUCGACGAGAUCGGCGUGAGGCUGGUGCGCAACGCCCGGCGGUCAAUCGACGACGAGCUCGAGGAGAGCACGCGGCUGGGGCUGCUCGACUUUGCGCGAUACGUCAUCGGCGGCAUCAUCAUCUUCUCAUACUGCGCCAUCGUCAACUUCUCCACCACACCGCACCGAUCCAAGUAUGCUUGUAUGUGUGCCGCGGGAUGGAUGCGUCCACGUGUGUCCCCCCCUCUGUCUGAGUGUUGCAGGUCCCUGCCGGCGUUGUUUGGGUGUUUUGCGGUGCUGUGGGGGGUGAUGUUCUCUGCGGGUCUGUACUACAGCCUGGGGUUCGUGCACGUGCCGCCGAUCGAGGCGACCCCUUUCCUCUGCAUUGGCAUCGGCGUCGACGACACGUUCGUCAUACUCAACAGCUACGCACUGGCCGUCAAGGUGACCGACCCUAGGGAGCGGGUGGCCGUCGCCAUCAAAGACUGCGGUACGUUCUUGGAUAGAUUUGGUGUCGGAGGGAAAGCGUGUCGGUGCAAUUGUCUCUGUCUCUCGGCGUGUGUCUGUAUGUGUGUGUGUGUGUGUGUGGUGGAUUCAGGCAUAUCGAUAACGAUCACCACUCUGACCAAUCUGAUUGCCUUUGGUGUGGGUGCGUCGAGCGACUACUUCUCCAUCCGGCUCUUCUGCAUCAUCACCUUCUUGGCGCUGCUCAUGGUCAGCCAGCCUGCCCCACAAUAAACACACAUAUGUAUACCCAUGCACACACAGAGAUGUCCCUGUCUUCCUCGAUCCCCUUUCAGAGCUACUUCUACGCCCUCACUUUCUUUCUCGCCAGUGUGUGUCUGGACGCCAAGCGUGAGGCGGCCGGCAAGGGGCCUUACCUUGAGACAUGGUGCAACACCUGCAGAAAGAGGAGGCGAUCAUCCACACCAACACCAACACCAGCACUAAAAUUAGCACAACCGCCACCGCCACCAGCUGCUGAAGAACACCACGAUCCAGAGCAGCCACAGCCGGACAGUACCACCGAGCCAGAGCAAGAGCAGGAGCACCAUUCGGUGAGCAUCUCAGCCGCCCACCCCUCCACCCCCCGCCGCACCUCCCCCCCUCCCGCCCCCCCUGACACCUUUGAGCUCGCGGCUCUGCAGCUCAAGGUGCAAGAGCUCACCAUCAGGCAGAGAAAGGCCAGCACAAGCACCACAAGCACCACAAGCACCACGAGCAGCUCGCGACAACACGGGUGCAGCAGUGGCGGUUUCUUCGGCGUGCAUCUGGGUUACGAUGAUGGGUGGGACGAGGCGCGGGACGGCCCCAUGGCCGACGUGGUGGAGCCUGUGGGCACUGUUGGGCGGAAGGUGCGGUGGGCGUUCAGGCGCCUCUGGGGCAGAUGGGUCACCAUCCCUGCUGUCAAGGUAGACACACAUACACACACAUAGACACACCAAGGCAGAGGGAAAGAUCAUCUACCGUCCCUCGCUACAUGUGCUUAUGCAGGUGGUGACUCUGCUGUUGUUUGCCGGCUACAUUGCCGUGUCUGUGUGGGGCGUGACGCGAAUGACGACUGGUUUGGAUCUCUUCUGGCUGACGCCUGAGGACUCGUACUACAGGGUGUUCUGGAGUCGGUACUUCACCAGCUUCACCUCCUACGGCGAGGACGUCUUUGUAGUCUUCCCAAACCGGCAGGAGUGGUGGAAGAAAGACGUCCGGGUGAGUGGCUGGCGCACACGGAUCAAUCAAUGGGAGGACGGCUAUAAUGCGUUCAUGUGCUGCCCUGCCCUGCGUGUGUCCACAGGAGGAGUACAUGGCGUAUGAGGAUCGGCUACGGAGCAGCAGCUACGCGUCGGACCAGGUCCUCUCGGGUAUGUAUGAGUUCUACAAAUAUACCAAGGCCGCCCAUGAUGGAGAUAUGGACCCACAGGCAUUCAUCGACACGUAAGCUGUCUGGACUGCAGAGAGGGAGAUACACAGACCUCCACACCCAAAGGUGCACACAUGCCUCGAUGUGCCCGUUCGCUCACAAACAGGCUGAGGAACUUCCUGAAGUUGCCGAUGACCAAGAUCCUCGCCAGCGACUUCAAAUUCGACGAAGGUGAGAUGCACCCCCACACACAGCGCUCGAGCACGGCCUCUCACGCCCCCAUUUCUGUAUGUGUGUAUGUGUGUGUGUGUCAUGCCAGAGGGCCUGUGUGCCUACAGGUUGCGUUUUUUCAAGAAUCCUGACGUGUCGAGUGCCAAGCUGAUGACGCGCAGCCGUGAGGACUGCCACAUCGCAGCCGAGGGGCCUGGGGGGCUUGAGUGCUUCCCCUAUGGCGAGUACUUCCCCUAUUACGAGCAGGACGUGUCAAUCGUGCAGUCGACCAGCCUCAACAUGGGAUAUGCGCUCAUCGCUGUGCUCCUGGUGAGUGGGGGCACCAUAGAACGCAUACAAGGGGAGAUGGCGAGGUGUGUGGGGAUGUGUCCAUGUGUGUGUGUGUGUGUGUGUAUGUUUAGGUGUCGAUGUUCCUGAUGCGGGAUUGGCAGUGUUGGGUGUUGGUGAUGGUGAUGCUGGUGACCAUCGACGUGGGCCUGUUUGGGUUCUUGGAUUUCUGGGACCUGAAGCUCAAUGGGUUGUCAAUGGUCUGCCUCAUCAUUGGUGUCGGGUUCUCAGUCGACUACACGGUGAGUGAGUGGGGCAAAGAGCUCAUCUCACACGUCAUUCUUGUCACACUGCUCUCUCUCUCUCUCUCUCUCUGUGCUGUGCUGUGCUGGUAAACUUGCUCAGACCCACAUGUGCCACACCUUCUCCCACUGUGUCGGGCCCACCCGCAACCACAGGUAUGCAGCGGCCGCGUAUGGGAGGAGGGGAAUGGAUUAUGCAUUUUGGCUGGUGAUGUGUGGUAUAGGGUUGCUGAGACGCUGAUCCUGAUGGGCAAUCCGCUGCUGCAGGGAGUGUUCUCGACGUUCCUGUCUCUGCUGGUCAUCCUCACCAUGAGAAGCUUCAUAUUCGUUAUCUUUUUCAGAAUGAUGACUCUUGUAAGCACAAACCACCCAAGACAGACAGACACACACACAAUGCUCCGUUUCUCUCUCCCUCCCUGCCUGCCCUCAAUCAACCAUCAGGUCUUGUGGAUCGGCUUCGGCCACGGGAUUAUCCUGCUGCCUGUUGUCCUGUCCCUCAUCGGCCCAAAGAAUGACCCCCACACCCACACCCACACCCACACCGCCCCUGAGCCAACCAAGACAAUCUCGAUGUGUGCGAGUGACAACAACAGUCGCGAGGGUGACAGCGGCACCAAAGGGGGGCAGCUGAUCUUGGGGCAGCUGAUUGUGGGGCAGUAGCCGGCGCCGUCUCUCUGGGACACAAGCGAAGGUGACGGCGUGACGACCGAGAUCCCGGGCGGCAUCCCGACUCUGGGGAUGCUCGUUCGGAUAAAGUGGCUGUCUGUCUGUCUGUCUCCUGCUGUGUGCGUCCGUCUGUCGUGUCUUUUUUGCGAAUCUUGACGUGACGCGCCUGUGGACGCGCCCUUUUGGGUGCUCUGUCUGUUUCCAUGACGUGCCAUGAUCAUGUGUUUCAUUAUGUGGGGCGCCUCGCGCGGUGUAUUUUUGGCGGCCUGUCGUGUGCCGUGGUCGGAUGCACCACAUCACAUGCGUAUCUGUGUGUGGGCGAGGUUGUGUGAAACUGGCGAUUUGUGCGUCAUUGCAUGCGUCGUGGUCGGAUGUAUUGCACACGUGUCUGGUGGGCUGUUGGUGGCUGUCUUUUUGCACCACUUUGCGCGCCGCUCUCCCUUUUUGGUGGCUUGUGUGGCAUGGGGGAGGGGAGCUCUACUCUGGCAGCUUGAGAGGGGGGGAGUGGUCCGUUUGAUGACCAUUGCCGCCAUUCUGGGUAACGAUGAGCGGUGUGCUGUGGGAAUGAACAGAAAAGUGCGUGAGGGCGCUGUAAGCGAUACGUGCGGGUAAAGUGGUGACUUCGCUGGCCUCUCGGGUGAAAACUCUCGAGGGGCAGGACGGCAAACCCUGUCCUCUGUCUGUCUGUCUCUCUGUCUCUGUCUCUGUCUGUCUCUCUCUGUCUGUCUGUGUGCGGCCUGUGGCGUUAGAUUGAGCUGAUUCUAUGCCACUCGGCAUUGCGUGCCUGCGGACAUUUUUUCCUUUUUUUGGCGGCCUGUCGUGUGCCGUGGUCGAAUGCACCACAGCACAUGCGUAUCUGUGUGUGGGUGUUGGUGGCUGGCUAUUUGCACGACUGACUUGACGCGCUCUGCUCUGUUCGGCGUAUUGUCGUCGUGUGUGGUUUUCGUUGGCCAUUGGGACAUUCGUUGGGACAUUCGUUGUGAUGUCCCAAUGGCCAAGGUCGUCAGUUUGUGUGAAUGGGAGUCACAGAAACAGACACGAGUGACUGUGUUGACAUGGCCAAGGUCGUCAGGUUGUGUGAAUGGGAGUCACAGAAACAGACACGAGUGACUGUAUUGACACAUCAACAGUUGUGACUCUCGAAUCCGUCAGUUGCGAUUCCAUCCAUCUCUUCCACUCAUUCUGUGUACGUGAUUGGUGAAUCCAGAUAGACGGCGCUUAUAGACGACACGGCCGCCUCGAGGCAGGCGUAUUCUCUUAGUAGUCUAAGACAGAAUGAAGCACCCGCGUCGCGGCGUCUCGGCCCAACUAAAGCCACAUCCCGUACCCCUCUCCUUCCACUAACCUUUCAUCCAAACAAUCACCACACACACCUACCUUACGCCGUGACUGUGGACACAAGGGCCGUCAGGAAUGCAGGCAGGUAUGAGACAACAAGGGUGCAUGUGGACGUAUUACUGACUCGAUUCGCGCGUGGGACGUUCCCGACGCUCGGUGCUGGAUCCUACAUGCUGUGCAAUUGCAGGCGGAGGUGAACGCAGCUUAGCUCGACAUGCCUCGUCCCGUGAUGCUCUGGCGAUGAGCUGGCAAAGCCGAUUGAGGUAAAGAGAAGGCAAAUUGACAGAGGGGGCAAACUCCGGAUGAGUUGCCCUCCUCCGUCGGGGGGUCGGGACUCGCUCCGCGUCACCGCGUCGCGAAAUGCAUGCAAAGCCCCCAAGCUCGCAUGAGGCCCCCAUCAUCAUGACCAUUACACGGACCACUAGACGGAGUCGU